AUGGAAAUCGAACGAUUAUCUAGUAUAUUAGUCCAUAUAUCGUCAUUGCCAUCUUCAUACGGUAUUGGUGAUUUUGGACCAGAAGCCUAUAAAUUUAUUGAUUUCUUGGUGGAAACACGACAAAAAAUUUGGCAAAUUCUACCAAUAACACCAACCAAUUCGCCAUCACCAUAUUCAAACGGAACAUGGGCUGAUUGGCCUGAUUCCCUACGUCGUCAUCAAUCAUCAGCCUUAGAUGACAUCCGUCAACAACAAAAAGACCGAAUCCAAUAUCAUCUUUUUGUUCAGUAUGUUUUUCAUCAACAACGGUUUGAAUUAAAGAAAUAUGCCAAUGAUCAUCAUAUUAAAAUAGUGGGUGAUAUGCCUAUUUACAUCGAUUACGAUUCAGUUGAUGUAUGGGCACAUGCAGAUUUGUUUCAAUUAGAUGAAAAUACUAUGAAACCAACGUGGAUAGAACGUUUACGUUAUGCACUGACUAGUGUUGACUUGCUGAGAAUUGAUCAUUUUCGUGGUCUGGAAUCUCACUAUGUUAUACCCGUAGAUAUAACAACACAAAAACCGAAAAUGUCAGAAGCAAAAUGGGUUAAAACACCUGGUGAUGAAUUUUUUACAGCUGUAACUCGUGCUCUUGGCGACGAUGUUCCAUUGAUCAUAGAGGAUAUUGGUGCUUUAACAGUUCAAGUAUUUGAAUUACGUGAUCGUUUUAAAUUACAUGGUAUACGUAUUGGGCAGAAAGGCUUCAAAUUUGAUGCAGAUAAUAUGUAUGCACCACAUAAUUAUAUACCACGUUCAGUUGCUUAUACAAGUUCUCAUGAUAAUCCAACAGUAAUACAAUGGUGGACAAAGGAAGCAUCAUCACAAGAAAAACGUCAUUUUAUUGAUUAUAUUCGUCGCCCUAUUGAAGGUCAAAAUGAA